GUGUUGUUACCGGAAGUUGGAGGGGUGGUUCCAGCUGAUCCUCACAACAGAACCUCCUCCGGCCGCGCCAAAGAUAGUGGAACCGAGCGCGGUGGCACCUCGCAUUUGCCGGGGUUGAAAAGAGGACAACGCGGGCCUCCCAGCCAGUUGCUGGUUCCGGUCCGUAGCUCGGGCCCGGUCUGUCAUGGUCCCAGCGCGGAGAUGGCGUCUGUACCGGGCUUGUGUGAGGAGGACACCGCCGAACUGGACGGGUCGCUGCAGCAUAUGUUGAAAGCCAUCGCCGACGAGCGGAACCGACUGAACAUCCGCCAGGAAAUGAGUGGACUGGGUUGCUUUAAGGAUGACCGGAUCGUGUUCUGGACCUGGAUGUUCUCCACCUACUUCAUGGAGAAGUGGGCUCUCCAGCAGGACGACAUGCUCUUCUAUGUGCGCAGGAAGUUGGCCUACGUCGGCACGGACAACACGGAGGGCAAGAAGGUGGAGGUGGAAGUCUACAGGAGAGACUCGAAGAAGCUUCCGGGCCUCGGAGACCCGGACAUCGACUGGGAGGAGAGCGUCUACCUCAACCUUAUCCUGCAGAAGCUAGACUACGUGGUGACGUGCGCCGUGUGCACACGCUCAGACACGGGCGACAUCCACAUACACAAGAAGAAAUGUCAGGAAGUGUUUGCAUCUCCCAGCAAACAUGCCAUGGACAGCAAAGGGGAGGAGUCAAAGAUGAGCUACCCUAACAUCUUCUUCAUGAUUGACAACUUUGAGGAGGUGUUCAACGACAUGACGGUAGGGGAGGGGGAGAUGGUGUGUGUGGAGCUGGUGGCGAGUGACAAGAGCAACACCUUCCAGGGCGUAAUCUUCCAGGGCUCCAUCCGCUACGAGGCGCUCAAGAAAGUCUAUGACAACCGGGUGAGUGUGGCGGCCAAGAUGGCCCAGCGCAUGUCGUUUGGCUUCUACAAGUACAACAACAUGGAGUUUGUGAGGAUGAAGGGCCCGCAGGGCAAAGGUCACGCCGAGAUGGCUGUCAGCAGGGUGCCCACCGGUGACACCUCCCCCUGCGGCACCGAGGACGAGCAUGUGACGCCGGUGCAUGAGAGGGUGACGUCAUUCAGCACACCCCCCACUCCUGAGAGGAACCGCCCUGCCUUCUUCUCGCCGUCGCUCAGGCGCAAGAUUCCUCGCCACAGGAUGGCCGAGAUGAAGAAGUCGCACUCGGCCAAUGACAGCGAGGAAUUCUUCCGGGAGGAGGAAGAUGAAGAGCUCCACAGCGCCACCAACCUGCGCUCACGCUCGCUGUCGGGCACGGGUCGUUCUCUGGUGGGAUCUUGGCUGAAACUGAACCGCGGCGAUGACUGCUUCCUGCUCUACUCCCACCUGACCUACGUCACCUUGCCUCUGCACCGCAUCACCACAGACAUCUUGGAGGUGCGCCAGAAGCCCAUCCUGAUGGUGUAGCGGCGCCUGCGCGUCGUCAGCAAAGUGCCUCCCACCGCAUCACGGGGUCCUGACACGGACCGGCCGCCACCAGAACCGCAAACCAGCUGUCCGAGAAGUGCCUCCUCGUCUCGACGUUCCUGCCGCUCAUCACCAUGGAUACGGCGCCAGGAUCACAUGACCUCAACGUGACAAGGCGGCGUGCUCAGACAGGAAGUGACGUGCUGUAAAUAUUCUGCUGCACCUGAUGUAGUUACCAACGUCAUGACCUUUCACAGACGUGAUGAUGCUGAAAAGGGAAGACAAAGCUUUAGCCAAACAGGGAGGGACAGGAAAACACGCUGCCACUUCCUGUUCGCGCGUUGUCAUGGCAACACACGCAGACUUUGAGUGUUUUGCUACACGAGCAUCACAAUUUAUUCUUCUUACCCACAAACACUGAAAGUAAAGUCCAAGAGCAGAAAACUUCUGGUUUCAUUUUAUUCCAUGGGAUGCGGGAGUGGUGCAAGGACACUUCCAAAACAAAGUUCCACGACGGGGUAAAAAUGUCCCUCCUGGCACGGGAAACAUUUGCACAACAAAUGGUUCCUAACGCCAAAAUUACAAAAAAGUAAACGUGAAAACGCUGCAUGGAGAAAAACCGAGGGAAUGUCGCCCAGCGCUUCACAGUAAAACCACCUUCUAGAACCCUCUCUCUCUGUGUGUGUGUGUAGCGAUCAGGUGGAUGGCGACAGGCCGCGCUCUGCUUCAGCCCUUCUGCUCCUCGAGGGUCUUGUGGAGCUCGUCAGCGUCCUCUGCAGUCUUGACGCGGAUGAGGAGCGGCACCGGGCUGCCGGGGUCGUCGUCAUCGACGGGAGGGUUGGGCACGCACACCACCAUCACGUUGUUCUUGCCCACCCGCGAGCACGGCAUGGUGGUGUGCAGCAAGAUGUUGAGUAGGAUGUUUCCUGCAGAGGAGCCGUCACAUCAGACCAGUCAGGUGACCCUCCGCCCACGGGAAGUGCAUAGUGGUCAGACCGCCUGACCCCACACCCCAAUAGGAAGUGUGUAGUGCGACACAGGAAGUGUGUGUUCUUACCAAGGUUAGUGUCAGCUCGAACAAUCAUCUGAGUUUUUCCCUCCGUCGUGUGUUUGAGGUGCAGCGUGCCCACACCCUUCUCCUUAAACUCCGCCUCCUUCUUGUAAAACACUUUACACCUGACACACACACACACACACACACAGUCAGAAGCUGCCAAUCAACUGACGGCGCCGUGACAUCAUCACAUACUUCUUGGAGUAGAAGGCAUUGUCCUCUUUGACCUCCCUGACUUCGGGUUUGGGCGGCUCAUAGGACUCGUCGCCUGUGUUGUCGUCUGCGCAACAUGAAUAGAAACCAACAUGAGCAUCACAUGACCUGCCUCCUGUGUGUGUGUGUGUGUGUGUGUGUGUGUGUGUGUGCGUGCGUGCGUACCUGCUGGCUUGGCAUCCUCACUCUUGGUCCCACUGAAGGAUGCGCUUCCAAACAAGGAGCUCUGUCCAGAGAAGGAGAAGUUGGGGGGCGUGGUUUUGGACCCUAAGGAGCUCAGAACCGAGCCAUCCACCUUCUGACCAAAGUUAAAUGUGACGCCAGGCGGAACCGGAGCGCCUUUAUCUUCCGUCUUGUCCUUGCAGAAAGGAAAGACGGUCAAGCUGCCGCUGGCUGAGGAAGAGGCGACACCAGUCAGCGGCAUCCCGCCAUCUUUCUUCUCUUCCGAGGCGGCGGUGCCGUACUGCUGCUCGAUGCUGGCCAGGUGGCGCUCGUAAUCGCGGAAAAUGGGGUUGAGGUCGCACAGAGGGUUGUCGUUCACGUGCUUAGUGAUCCAGUCGCGCACGGAGCAGUUGAGUGCCGUCAGCUGCCGGCUGUACUCCUUGCUGCUGCUGCUGCUGCUGCUGCUGGAGGCGGGGCCAUUUGAUGACUUUCCUGUGACAUCAGAGGAGGGCGAGGCAGAGACGGAGCCAUUGAAUGCAAGCCCUGAGGAAGGAGGAGGAACUGAUCAGACGUUCCCGGCCACUGAGGUCACAUGACUCACCAGCCGUCAUGGAGGGCGUGGUCACAGCAGGUGGUGAUAAUGAUGAACCGCCAAAAGAUGGCGUGAUGCUAUUUCCGUUGGUCAGACCCCCGAGGCCCUUAAAUCCGCUGCAGUUGCCAAAAGCAGAAAAUGGGUGUGGCGUGGCGCCGCCACUCAUCGAGAA